AUGUCAAAAUUCGCUGGCCAGGAAAUUCGUUCCAACAACAAUCCUCGCCACCGCCAUCAUCAUUAUUUUCUCACAUUAUUCACCAUCACCAGUCUCCUUCUCCUUCUCUUCUUCUUCUCUCACUCUUCUCACGCCGCUGUUUCCUCAUGUGCUGAAAAUCGAGCUCAACUUGUUGUUUCAUCCACUGCUGCUGCUGUUACAUUGGAUGCCAGCUCGUCGUUGGAAAAUUCAGUGAUCACCGAUGAGUCUUCAUCAUCAUCGACACUCUUUAUCAGAAGAAGAUUUGGAGCCGCUGCUGGUGCUGGUCCAAGAAGAGCACAAGGUCGUUCUUCAACUCCUAUUCGUGUCGCACGUCAAGGUGCUGCUGCUGCUAGAAGAAGAAUGGGUCCCGGAGGACGUGCUAGAGUUCGUGGCGGUCGUGGAGGUGGUCGUGGAGGAGGUCAUGGUGGUCAUGGAGGAGGUCAUUAUCAUGGAAAUCGUUAUUGGUCGAAUUUCCAAAUGCCUCUCACACCUCAAGCAAGAAGAAUUUGUGGAAGAACUGUAAGGAAAUAUGAUGGAGCUGUUGGACCAAAAGUUGCUAAAACUGGAUAUAAAAGAGCACCUUUUAAUGGAUUGAAAUGUGUGGCUUGUGAGGUGGAUUGUGCCAAUGCUAAAUUGGAUAAGGAAACGACCUUGUUUGAAAAGUGUGAAACUCAAUUCCAUUAUUAUGGAUGUAAAUUGUCAAAGCCAUGUUUUAGUUUGCAAACUGCUGCUGUUUCACAUAUUGAGGCCAUGAUUGCGGUGUGUAUGCAUAGAAAUGGAUGUGUAUUGAAGGAAGAGCUCAAGGAAAGAGGAUUGAAAAAACUUGCGAGAACCAUCAAGAAGAGUGUUGUUGCUUAA